AACCCCGAGCGCGCCAAGUUCUGGGUUCCGGACUCGCGGGGCAGGUGUCACGUGGUGGGCACCUAGUCGAGCGCAGGCGGGUGGGUCUCGGACUCUGGCCGCGGCGGCAGCAGCGUGGGACCUCAGGGUCGCUGGGCUGGUGUGCGGGACCCUGUUCCGGCAACUUUGAACCAGCGCGACGAUGGCGGAAGUCAACGGGACUCAAAAGGAUGCUGACCUGUGGUCCUCGCAUAAUAAAAUGCUAGCACAGCCGCUGAAAGACAGCGACACUGAGGUUUACGACAUCAUCAAGAAAGAAAGUAACCGGCAGAGGGUCGGACUGGAGCUGAUCGCCUCAGAGAAUUUCGCCAGCCGGGCAGUUUUGGAGGCCCUAGGCUCUUGCUUAAAUAACAAGUACUCUGAGGGGUACCCAGGCCAGAGGUAUUAUGGCGGGACCGAGUUCAUCGACGAGCUGGAGAUCCUCUGUCAAAAUCGAGCGCUGCAGGUCUACGGUCUGGACCCCAAGUGCUGGGGGGUCAAUGUCCAGCCCUACUCAGGCUCCCCUGCCAACUUCGCUGUGUACACCGCCCUAGUGGAGCCCCACGGGCGCAUCAUGGGCCUGGACCUGCCCGACGGUGGCCACCUGACCCACGGGUUCAUGACAGACAAGAAGAAAAUCUCCGCCACGUCCAUCUUUUUUGAGUCUAUGCCCUAUAAGGUGAACCCAGACACCGGCUACAUCAACUAUGACCAACUAGAGGAAAAUGCCCGCCUCUUCCACCCGAAGCUCAUUAUCGCAGGAACCAGCUGCUACUCCCGAAACCUGGACUACGCUCGACUGAGGAAGAUUGCAGACGAGAACGGGGCGUAUCUCAUGGCGGACAUGGCGCACAUCAGCGGGCUGGUGGCGGCUGGUGUGGUGCCCUCCCCCUUUGAGCACUGCCACGUGGUGUCCACCACCACCCACAAAACCCUGAGAGGCUGCCGAGCCGGCAUGAUCUUCUAUAGGAGAGGAGUGCGCAGCGUGGAUCCCAAGACGGGCAAAGAGACUCUGUACAACCUAGAGUCGCUCAUCAACUCCGCUGUGUUCCCAGGCCUUCAGGGCGGUCCCCACAACCACGCCAUUGCUGGGGUCGCUGUGGCCCUGAAGCAGGCUCUGACUCCGGAGUUCAGACUUUACCAGCGACAGGUGGUGGCCAACUGCCAGGUGCUAGCACAGACCCUGAUGGAGCUGGGCUACAAAGUGGUGACAGGUGGUUCUGACAACCAUUUGAUCCUCGUGGAUCUCCGUUCCAAAGGCACAGAUGGCGGAAGGGCUGAGAAGGUUCUAGAAGCCUGUUCUAUUGCCUGUAAUAAGAACACCUGUCCAGGUGACAAAAGCGCACUGCGGCCCAGCGGACUGCGUCUGGGGACUCCAGCCCUGACAUCGAGAGGACUAUUGGAAAAAGAGUUCCAGAAAGUAGCCCAGUUUAUUCACCGAGGAAUAGAACUGACUCUGCAUAUACAGAACGACGUUGGGGCCAAGGCCACCCUGAAGGAGUUCAGAGAGAAACUGGCAGGGGACGAGAAGCACCAACAGGCCAUCAGGGCGCUCAGGGAGGAAGUGGAGAGCUUCGCAUCUCUGUUCCCUCUGCCUGGCCUGCCUGAGUUCUAGAGGAGCUGCCCGCCUGCCCACCCCUGCCCAGGAACCUGGUGCCCUUCUGAGAUGAGACGAAGAGUGGCCCCAUGCAGGACCCAGCUGCAUCAACUUCUCCAUGCCCUCUGAGGGGGUUUCUUUUUGGGCUUUCCUCAAAUUAACCUCCUUCACGAAUUCACAAAUCAAAAUUUGUUUUUAAGACCCAUUGUUAGUAAUUU